GCAACAUCAUGUCUUCAAACACCUCAUCAUCCGAUAGUCCACUUUCUAUUGAAGAACAACAGAAUCAAGUUUUUGAACUUUUCCAUGUUGCCACCAUUUGUAAGAAUGUUAUCACAGAUGCUGAAAGACUCAUGGUUAGAAAUUAUCGUCAACGUCCUCUAACUGCAUCACAACAAUCCCUAUUAGUGGAAACUUGUGCAAUGAGAAUGUUAUAUGGACAAGAGGGUUUGCCAUGUGUUAAUGAAAAUAGUAGGAAACAUUUUACAGAAAAAGCAACAAAUCAAGAUUUAUAUCAUCGUAAGAAAUAUGUAAAUGAUGAUGAAUAUUCAUUCCAACAACGUACUAGUAUGAACAAAUCUAAUUGGCAAUUGAACGAUGAAUUUAUUAGAAAUGAAAAUACUAGGUCGAAAAUCUUCAAUGAAAUUAAUGAGUGUCACAAUAAUAGUGCCGAAUAUAAGCAAAAAUAUAACGAGUAUGAUAAGCUGAUUAGUAAUGAUUGGAUGGAAAAGGGAAGCUUCUCUAGAGUAUUCCCAGAUGUUGUGAAAAAUCUCUCUUCAUCAAAUGAUUCAAUUUCAAUUCUCUCCAAUUUGAAGAAAAAGCUAAUGUCCAACUAUAAUAAGAAUAGAAUUGAUUCGAUAGUAGAUGAACAUUAUCCUAAGGAAAAGAAGGAAUUAAUUGAAUGCAUUCAGAAUAAUAUUUCCAGUCAUCAAUCUUUCAAUUAUCCAAACUUUUUAGAAUUGUGUAAAAUUCAAGUCAAUCAAUUUUACUUUAAAGCACUGACACAAUCAUGCUCAACUCAAUUCAAAGGAUGUAUGGAAAGAAAUGGAGAUACUGUGCAGUCAGUUUCAAUGCUUCAAUCUAUGGAUUGUUCUUCUCAACAAGUGACACCUGAGGAAAUUUCUUGUGUUCAGAUGGUAUUGACGACAGAACAAGAGAAGGAACUAUCAUUACACAUAUUGCAAUGUACUAUGAAGAUUGCCGAGAAGUUGAAUAUUGAUAUUGAUGAUAUUUUGUCAAAGGGACAAAUUAUUCAUCGGGUUGAGAAGGAAGAUGAUCAUAAUCCAACAAAUUUGUAUGAAGAGGGAAAAUUUGAAAUGGACGAAGAUUCGGAAAUGGAAGAUUUGGAAGAUGAAAUUAAAGACUUGGAGGAGGACAGUAAAAGGGUUGAGGAAUUGACUAGCAAAACUAAUCAGGGUGAUGUAAUAUUGAAAUUCAAGUUUAUGAAUGGAAUGAGCUUUGAAGGAGGUUUUAAAAGUUGUGUUUUACUGGGUGAAGUAGUGGAAUGGCUUGCAUUGAAGAGUGGAGUAAUUAAAGAAAUGAUUGGAUUGAGAAUUAAUAAUCAAAUAUUUGAAAAUAGAAAGAGCGAUAUUUAUUCAUUUUGCAAAGUUGGAGAUUUGAAUAGGGUCCGAGCCACAAUUAAAAUAUCAGACUUGCAUAAACCCGAUCGGUAUGGAAAUACACCACUUUAUUAUGCUUGUUUAUGUGGACAUUUGAAUUUGGUCAAAUAUUUAUCGGAAUUGGGAGCUCGUGAUGAUAAAAAUGCAAGGUGUUAUAUGAAUGCCUUGUCAUUACGAGUUAGAGAAUUGUUGAGAGUUUAUAAUUCAUAUGAAGGACUAAAGAUGUUCAAAAUGAAAAAUGGGGAUUGUGAAGAUAUUGGUGAACAAACGUAUGAACAAGAUCAGUUCAAGCCACUCGAUCUAUUCAUGAUGAAAAUGGCAAGGAGGGUUAUUUAUGGAACUAAACCAGAAGAGAGUGAUUUGACUAUUAGAAUUAGAUUCGGAAAGAAUGAGGAGGAUACAAUUUACUACUGUCAUUGGUGGAUUAUUUUGAAGAGAUGGCCAAUGCUACUCUAUUUUGCUCUGGUAAAUAAGGAGAGACCUAUUCCACAAAAAACAAGCUACACCUUAACAAGUGAUGAAUUGGCCAUAGUUAAUUUGAAAACAAAACUGGAGAUUGAGAAAUAUUUCAAUUCUAUUAACAAGAAAGCAUUGAAGAUAAAGGAUUAUGAUAGAAAAAUUGAGCAAAUUAAGGAACAAAUCUUGGUUGUAAAUCAAAAGAAAAAUUUUAAAAGACCAACAGACGAAUUUGAUGCAAUGAAGAAUUUAAUACCAGAUGAUGAUUCUGAAAUUAGAGAUUUUUUUAAAAGAGAAGAGUUGCGACAUAUUGAUUUGGGACCAGUUCCAUUGACCAAAAUUCAAUUCGAUAAUCUACUGGUAUGGAUUUACACGGGUUGUAUCGUGAGAACGGAAAAUCCAAAGAAAUGCACAAAAUUAGAAAGUUUGGAAAGAUUCACUCAAAAGCAAGACUAUUGUGAUUGGAUGGAAAGCUUGGGAAUGUAUAAUUUUGUAGAUAUAUUCAGGGAUCAUAGAAAGGAUAUUAACAUUGCAAUGAAGGAAUCAGAUGAACUAUUCAAGAAGGACUUGAAAGGUUGUAUUUUCCACAGCUCCUUUGAAAGUAGGUCCAAGUUUGAGAAAUUGCAACGAAGUUUGUGUAAUGUCCAAAUCAAAAUUGAGAAUUAUCUAGAAGAGGUUUUCUUUGUUGAAUCUACAGAAUCAAUACUAUGUCACAAAGACUUCUUAUCGGAACGAUCCAUGUUUUUCAAUAUUUUACUCAACUCUAAUUUCGAUGAAACAGAAAGAAUGAAAGAAUCCGCUCUCCAUGAUGAAAUUCCAACACUUGAAAUUCAAGGAUGCAACUUUUCAGUUAUUCAAGAGUUGUGCAAUUUUAUUUACACUGGAAAGUUUGAAAAACUGGAUGAAAAUAAUUUACUGGAAUUGUUCUCAUACGGACAUCGUUUGGGAUUUCCUGAAAAUACCAUCAAUAUGCUUGAGGAACGAAUUAUUUCUCUAACUGUUUCAGAUGAAGAAAUUGUUGCUUUUUGUAAAGCUUGCUUUCCAAUUUUCAAAAAAUCUUCCAAAUUGGCUUUUGUGAAACAAUUAUGCAACCAUUUAGUCAAAUUCACUCCUCAGGAAAGAUUGGAAAUAUUCACAGACUUGGAUUUUGCAGAAAAAGAUAAGUUUCGUAUUCUCAACGACCAGUUUCGAACAAUUCGUCUAGCUUUCAAACGCAAUUAUCGAGACAAAAAAAUGAAAGUUAGCACAUGGUUAUUAGUUUUAUUGUUGUUGAGUGGUUGCGUGGUAUUUAGUGCUCAACAACCUUCAUUUCCCACCCAAAGAAUGUUUGGCAAGAAGAUUCGGUCCAGAAAUUUGCUAGACGAAAGUAUUUUCAUUGGAAAGGCAUUGGAUAUUGGAUUUACUUCACCAACUAUUCAUCCUUUCAAGAACAACAACGAAUUCGUACAUGCUUCACAAACAGAUUCGUAUGGAUUUUCACUUUUCGAAUAUAAACAUUCAGAAGAAUCUUUAAAAAGAAGAAGAAACCCACAUGAAAUUCUAAAGGAAGAAGACUACAUGACAGUGUCACAAAGCGGACAAGCUAUCAUCCAUGGCUCUCAUCACAUCUACUCAUUGUAUGGAAAAGUAAUUUCUGGUGUGUCCAUGCUUGACCAUGACGUAAACGUCUGGGAUGUCAAAUGUUCUGACAAUCAACUAGACAUUGAUUUUGCUAAUGGUCAUUCCACUUCAAAGAGAUUAAUUCCUGGUUCUAGACUUGUUAUUGGUAAACAAUGGCAAUGCUAUGGUCAAGACACAGACACCAAAUAUGGUAAUGAAAAUAUCCAAGCUUUUUUGGUUUUGGCUAGAGAAAUUAGAUAUGGUGAGGAUAACAUGGUGAGAGUCAAGUUUCAUGUUAAGAAAAUUAUGCCAAAAGAUUUGUUCUAUGACUUGAAAGUUGAUUAUUAUUCAGUUCCACUUGUUAGAAACAUGGUAGAUUCGAAUACUUUGCAAAUUAGUGAACCAACCAACAAGAGAUACUCUACAACCUAUCGUCUAUUCAAUACUGGUUUCAAUUAUGACAUUGCUGAGCAAAAAGUCAAAAAUCCUUCUAUUGGAUUAUACAAAUAUGUUAAUGGAACAACUUCCUUCACCAUUGAUUGUCUUGAUUGCUUUGCAACUGUUAAUUUAGAAAUCAAGGCAGAAAUUGAAUUGGGUUGGUGGAAAGUUAGCUCUGCUAAAAUUCUCGUAGGCGGUCAAACUCUAGCUAAUGCAACAUUAUUGUUCAGUUACCAAGCAAGCUAUUCGAAAACAAAAGAGGGAACCUUGUACAAGUUACCUGCGCCUAUUAAGAUUUCCUUGUUUUAUCUCUUUUCACUUGAUAUUACACCUUCUCUCGAGUAUAAGCUGAAUAUUGAGGCCUCUGGAAAGAUUGAAUAUAGACGAAACUUUUUGGUCUCUUAUUCUAAAUAUGUUGGUUACAAGUAUGAGUCAGGUACUGGUUUUUCUGAUAUCAAUGAAGGUGAUGGUCUUGUUUGGAGCUCCAAAUCUCCUGGAAUUUUCAUGGAAGGUAAUGCCACUGCUGAGCUCGCAGUUUAUCCUAAAUUCAAAUUCGAAUUAACUUCAUGGUUGCCUUCUGCUGAAGUUGCCAUCAUUCCAACAAUCAAAGGUCAAAUUCAUACUGAAGGCACAGUCUCCAGAUCAUCGGCUUCUCUUUUUGUAAAGUUUGAUGCUUUUUACAAACUUGGACUUUCAAUUGACGUUAAGGACACUUUUUCCAAGUCUUUUGAAGUAAUUACUUACACUCAUAUUCCAAGUAUUAGUGGUACCUACUCUCUCCAAACAACAUUCUUCUCAGCAACUGCUAGUAAUUCCACAGUUUCGGCCAACAAUCCUAUUCCAGUUAAUUACAUUAACGAAACUGUCAUUACUGGCUCUACAACAAAUACUAUCGAGUUUAGUAGCACUCCAAAGAAUUCAGUUUUGAUUUCAAAAAGGACAAUCUUUAAACAUUUGAGAAAUAUUCUCAAUACUUUCUCAUUCAUUUCAUUUUCAACAAAAUCCAGCAUUGUACCCCAACUCCAAACUCCAUUGACAGGUUUUUCAGAAUUUUACGACAGUUCCAAUUCGAAAUAUGUUUAUUCUGCAUUCCUCAACAACACAGAUUUUAUUAUCAAUCCUAUCAACUCCCUCACUAUCCAGUUUGAACAGGUUUUUGCUUAUCAACCAAUCGAAAGUUCAGAAACCUUAAGUUAUCCAAGACAAGCUAUUCGAGACACUUCUACAAUGGUAACAUUUAUCCAAAAAGUCAAUAGAAAGAUUCCAAAAUUUGGUGUAGUAAUGGAUUCAUAUGGCUGUUUUGAUGCCUAUGUCUAUGAGGCAUGGCUCCAGAACGGAAGAUUCGUACAAACUGAUGGACGAAAGUAUGAAGAAACGUAUCCUUAUUGGUCUAUUCUUGGAAAUUACUUUUAUCCAAUUACCAUGCAAAACAAUUAUGAAUCUGCAGAUCAUUACGUAGUAAUUCAGCUCAUUCCUAAUGACCCAGACUUUCCAUUAGAGUUGAAUUCUAUUAGAUUCGAUCCUUAUUUCGAAUUUUCUCCUUCUGACGCUUCAGUUGUUCAAGAUAAUUUGAAUCGAUUGAUUGGUUUAAAGUUCGGUGAUAAGGACGUUGUCUAUCCUUAUCUAUUCGUUCGUCCAGUUAACAAUGAAUUGAACGUCAAGCUUUACACUGACUAUGAAAUUUACAGAGCUUUCUAUGCUAAACCUAAACCUGGUGUUGGAUUGACCUAUACUCUGACUCAAACAGGAAGCUAUAUCCCAAUGUUGAAGGAUAAUCAGUACGGAACAGAAGUUGGUAUUGCAACUACUAAACCUGUCACUAUUUCAGUAUUUCCAAAUUACAAACUUGUAAAUGGAAUUCCAUCAAGUGCCAAAAAUUUAGCAAGUCAAGAACAAACUUAUUUUGCAUUCGAUUGUAGAACUUUCUAUGACAGUGUUGCUCUGAAUACCAAUUCUAAAGUUUACUUGAGAGUUAUUGAUUCUACAACUGGCAAUUUGAUUGUCAAUAAUUUUGAGCUUGACAUUCGAAUUGUAACAAGUGAUGGAUAUGUCUACAAUACUCUUACCAAGACAGUAGAUAAUAACAUGUUCGUAUUGGAUACUGACUCAAUUUCGAAUAUCAAGGGAAAUUGUGUAGUAUUCGAUCGUUUCGUCCAAAUUCGUCUCAAGAAUCUUGCAACAACUACCAAGACAUUCCAAUUAGAACUUUCCCUAGUUCAUGUUCCCAAAUAUAAUGAACCAAUUUCCAUCUCUAUGAAUCCAAGCACAUUUGGUUAUGGUUACAAAGACCUUUCUGAAAUUUUGACACGUGAAAAGAAUUCUGGAAAAUCUGGAAUUGUUCUCAAACAACAAUUCGCCUCCUAUCCAAUUGGAAAAGUUUAUCUCAGCUCAAGUACUAAAAAUAUUCCACCUUCUUUUUCAGAUCCUUCAUCAAUCAUGACAGCUAGUUCGAGAGUUCCAGAUUAUAUUGGAUCGAGCAAUGUUAUUGAAAGAUUGCCAAUUUCAUUUAAGACGAAUUAUGGUAAUUUCCUGUUUGGUUAUACUCAUUUAAUUACUUCUCAAUCUAUUUCAUUUUCUGUUGAGAAUUUGCCAAAUACUGACAUUUCUCUAAGUUUCGACAAAGGUCUAACAAACCUUGAAAGACUUUCCAAUAUCAAUACUACCAUUAUAAAUGUGAAAAUCAAUGGAAUGGACCAUUAUUGGAGAGAAUCCCUUCAAAAAUCAUUACAACAAAGUGAUCAAGAAGCCUUCCUCUAUCUGAAAGCUUUCGAUCAAAACAAUAACGUGAUUGUUUUGAGAAAUUAUUUCAGUGGAAUCAACACUUUGUGUACUGAUAGCCAAUUGACAUUCGAAUUGGUUCCAAUCCAAGGUGCUAUCCUUCCUUCAAAGUUUAAACUUACAUUCGAAUCGGCUAGUUCUUUAUUUACAACUGCAUACGAUAUUCCUGUAUUGAAUAGUUUGCAAGUUGAUUCAGGGGAUGAUAAUAAUGGAAUACCAUCCGUUGAAUGUCCUGAAAGAUGCAUUAGUUGCGAUAUUUCCAAUUCUACUUGUUUAGUUUGUCAAUUCGGAUAUUUUGGACGAAACUGUACUGAGACAUGCUUAAUUACAUGUAACACUUGCACUAAUGCAACUUCAUGUGAAACAUGUCCAUUAGGAAGUUUUGGUAUUAGAUGUGAUAUUCAAGAUACUCAAGAAAAUCCAUGCUCUCAAUUAUCAGAGACCCCAAUAGUGAGCGUUUCUAGUUCAGGUGGAGGCUACCAAUUGACCUACUCUAUCAAAAUACCAAAGAGCCUUCUCUCUACCACAAACCAAACUGUAAUUUCUCAUUCCAGCAUUGAUUCCUGUUCCAAGAAUCAACCAUCCUUCCAACCAGAACAAUUAUUCGAAUGUCAAGCCCAAUACUCACUCACAACCAGCAUCUCCACUUUGAUGAAUGAUUCUCGUAUUGUUAAACAGCUAGAUUCCUCAGGAACUGUUCUCACCCUAAACGUUCCAAUUAAUAUUGGACUAAUCACCAACAAAUUCGAUUCUCAAAAUGGAGAUUAUUGUGAAAUUGUGAAUUAUGGAGUGAAUCAUCAAGUUAAGCUUGUUUUAUCCUCUCACCAAAUGAUUGGUAUGGACGUGAAUGGAAACAUGACUUUUGGAGACAAUGUUAAUGUAAAUUACAGAAAAGAAAUUAUUACUAUUCAGGAUGGAUUGUUCUCCCUAUCAGGCAAAUUAUUUACUAAUAAUGUGACUGUGGUCUCUGUGAGUUAUUUGGGCUCCCAACCUUAUCAAAAUAUUGAUUUUGAUAUUAUCUUGAGUGAAUAUCAACCAAAUAGUUAUAAUCUCAUUAUUAGCUCAAAGCAGAAAGUUUCGUACAUUUCUGGAAUUUUUACCUUUUCAAUUCAAGUUAGAACCGGUGAGAAAAUUGUUCAAGUUUUGUUAAGUAUUUCUUUAUCUUACACUAUGCCAAUCAACCCUCCUCCAACCGAACUCAAAUACUCAACUCAAGUUAAUCUAUAUUCCAACAACUUUGGUCAACCUAAAAAUUUAUUCACAAUUUCAGAUUCUCCACACGUUUUGGUUAAUAUUGUAGAUUCUAAUGGAAAAUCCUCAUCUCUUCCUUCAUCAAUCUCGUUAUCUAUUAAGAAUGCCUAUCUCUGUUGCACAAAAUCAGGAGUUUCAAUGCCAACCUAUGAUCCAUCUCAGAAUUCCUACGGUUGUCAAAGAUAUAAUUCUACAACCAUGUCAAAUUGGCUUCACUUAAUUGAUAACCAAGUCGUUUCUUCACAAUAUGGAACUGAAUUGAUCAAGUUUCCAUUAAUUAAUUUCCAAUUAGGUUUCAAAUUUACCAUCCAAUCAAACAUGUUUCCAAUAGGUUCAUCAGAAAGUGUACAGGUCAACACUUGUUUUAUUCAUACAGAAUCGAUCAUGAAAAGCACCUCUUCAAACAGAGAGCUUAAUCUGGAUGAGAGUGGUACUUCAAUUCACAAUGCAUUCGAUAUUAUUCAAGUUUUUAGCGCAGCCCAACAGAAACCUCCAAUCCAACCAUCCAAAACCUCACCAAUCAUUAGCCAAUCAUUAAGAUUGAAUCAUUCAAACCCAAGUAGACAAUAUCUAUCUCAUUUGUUGGUCGUAUUUGUGGCAGCAAUGUUUAUUUUCUUGUAAAUUUUCUACAAUAAAUUAGAAAGCUAUUGAU